GAGCAUCAAAAUGGCAGGUGGUAUGGAUAGAACACGUAAUCUCCCUAAAAUCAGGGACGAAGAAAAAGAAUCUAAAUAUGGUUAUGUUUAUGGAGUAUCUGGUCCUGUUGUUAUUGCCCAGAAUAUGUCUGGAGCUGCUAUGUAUGAAUUGGUUCGUGUUGGCCAUUUUGAAUUGGUAGGAGAAAUUAUUCGACUUGAAGGAGACAUGGCAACUAUACAGGUCUAUGAAGAAACCUCUGGUGUAACUGUAGGAGAUCCUGUAUUAAGAACUGGUAAACCAUUAUCUGUUGAGUUAGGACCUGGUAUUAUGGGUAGUAUCUUUGAUGGUAUUCAACGUCCAUUAGAAGAUAUCUGUGAUCUCACACAAAGUAUCUACAUUCCUAAAGGUGUGAACACGCCUGCUUUGAAUAGGACCAAAAAAUGGGAUUUUGAACCAUUAAAUGUUCGAGUUGGAAGCCAUAUAACUGGUGGUGAUAUUUAUGGUGUGGCAUAUGAGAAUAUUUUGAUUAAACAUAAAAUUAUGUUACCACCUAAAGCUAAGGGUACAGUAACAUAUGUAGCUGAACCUGGACAAUAUGAUAUCAAUGAUGUUAUAUUGGAAACAGAAUUUGAUGGACAGAAAAGUAAAUUCAGUAUGUUACAAGUAUGGCCUGUUCGACAGAUGAGACCAGUCAAUGAAAAACUAGCAGCUAAUUAUCCUCUGUUAACAGGACAGAGAGUUUUAGAUGCUUUGUUUCCAUGUGUACAAGGUGGUACUACUGCUAUACCUGGAGCUUUUGGUUGUGGUAAAACUGUCAUCUCUCAGUCACUAUCUAAAUAUUCUAACAGUGAUGUUAUUGUUUAUGUUGGUUGUGGUGAGAGAGGUAAUGAGAUGUCUGAAGUAUUGAGAGAUUUCCCUCAGUUAACUAUGGAAGUGGAAGGUAAACCAGAGAGUAUUAUGAAGAGAACAGCUCUAGUAGCCAAUACAUCUAACAUGCCUGUAGCUGCUCGUGAAGCUAGUAUUUAUACAGGUAUAACAUUAUCUGAAUAUUUCCGUGAUAUGGGAUACAAUGUAUCUAUGAUGGCUGAUUCCACAUCCAGAUGGGCUGAAGCUUUGAGAGAAAUUUCUGGUCGUUUAGCUGAGAUGCCUGCUGAUUCUGGUUAUCCAGCCUAUCUAGGAGCCCGUUUAGCUUCUUUCUAUGAGAGAGCUGGUCGUGUCAAGUGUCUGGGUAAUCCAGAGAGAUUAGGAUCUGUCAGUAUUGUUGGAGCUGUGUCUCCCCCUGGUGGUGAUUUCUCUGAUCCUGUCACUUCUGCUACAUUAGGUAUUGUACAAGUGUUUUGGGGUUUAGAUAAGAAGUUGGCACAACGUAAACAUUUCCCCUCUAUUAAUUGGUUGAUUAGUUACAGUAAAUAUAUGAGAGCUUUAGAUGAAUUUUAUGAUAAAAGCUAUCCUGACUUUGUACCACUCAGAACUAAGUGUAAAGAAAUUCUACAAGAAGAAGAAGAUUUAUCAGAAAUUGUACAACUUGUAGGAAAGGGUUCUCUUGCAGAAUCUGACAAAAUUACAUUGGAAGUAGCUAAAUUGAUCAAAGAUGACUUUUUACAACAAAAUGGUUAUACACCAUAUGACAGAUUCUGUCCAUUCUAUAAGACAACAGGAAUGUUAAAGAAUAUUAUAGCUUUCUAUGAUAUGGCUCGACAUGCUGUAGAGAGUACAGCCCAGAGUGAAAAUAAAAUAACAUGGGCUAUAAUUAAAGAUCAAAUGAAUGAUGUUUUAUAUAAAUUAAGCAGUAUGAAAUUUAAGGACCCAGUAAAAGAUGGAGAAGCUAAAAUCAAAUCUGAUUAUGAAGAACUACAUGAAGAAAUGCAGCAGUGUUUUAGAAACCUAGAAGAUUAAAAACACACAUUAGUAUAUUAUAUUAUAUAGAGUCAGAAACAAAUUCCACUAUUAUUAUACGCUUAGUAUAUAGAUACUUAUUUAUUUUGGGAUUGCCAAAAAUGACACAUUUAGAAAAAAAUCAUACAAGUUUGGACCUGAAGAUUGAGUGAAUUUUGUGCUAAUAGAUCUUGUAUCUAGUUUUUCUGAAUUGAAAUAGUUGGAGUUUCUGCUAUUAUUAUAGGGUUUUAAUAAUAGGAUAAUUUCUGUUUUUUUUUAUUAAACAUGGCAGAGGUUUUUCAGAGGUUAGAUCAUGAACAUUAAUUUAAUUUGUUAUGAGUUGGCUUUCAGAUUCAAAAAUUUCUCAAAAAACAUGACAGUAAUCAUUAAGUACAAAGGCAAAAUAUUAAAUGGUCCUUUUUUCAUUCAGUGAAUUGGAAUACAGCAUAGUCAGAAACCCAUAGUCUUAUUAUGUACCCUUAUUUAUUCUCCUGGGACAACUCCUAAUGAUUGCCUUGAUCUGACCUAUAAUACAUGACCUAUUCUGAUUGGAUGCUUUUUAAAAUAAUUAUCCAACUUUGAUAGGAAUUGAGUACGAAUGUGUGAGUGGACCCAGGGUGAUAAGUAUUAGUAGCAAAUCACCUUUUUGUUGAAUUUUAUGAUUUUUUUUUUUGAAGAUUUUAAUUGUUAUUUUUUUGUGAUAAAUCAUGAUUUAUGUCAUUUGUUGUGGAAUUUCAAGUUUGGAUGCUGAAAAUGCAAUAAUAAAAGGUAAUACAACCUGUGAUAUCAUGAAGAAUAUGGAGGCCAUUUUCAAAACUAUGAUUUAAAAAUUAAAAAUAAACUACUUUAGGGCAAAAAAAUCUUAAAGUUAUGUUUUAAUGCUUAUGCAUUGACGUACACAUCCAUAAAAUUGGGAGCCGUAAAAAAAUGAUGUAUUAGUUAUAAUUGUAAUAAAGAAUUAAAUCACAUUUUACUUUAGGAACUAUUUCCUAACUUCAUAUCUCAUUCUGUGUAUUUGUCAAUUUUUCUGGUUUUUUUUUUGUUAGAAUAUGACAAAACUCAAUUUUUAAAUUUAUCUUUCUCUUGAAAUGUCCUUCAAUUCCAUGCGUCUGUGAAAUACCAAAUGUGUAUACUAUGCAAAGUUGUUGCAGACAGAUCCACUGCACUGCUAAGCACAGGCAUUGCAGAAUCAAAAAUCAUUUUUGCAUCAAGAUGACAAGUUAGAAAUAUUGAAAACAAAUGAGCAAAAUGAAUUUGAAUUUUUUUUUCUUAAUCAUCUGCAUUUUGAUUUAGUGAAAUUUCUAGAGCUAGGAAGUAAGUGAAUAGUUGUAUUGUAAUAUCACAUGAAAUCCAAGAAAUGUGCUAUAAAGAGUAGAAAUGAUCUAGUCAUUUCAUAUUAUUAUGGUUAAGGGUAUUAUAUAGGCUAUAUUAUAACUGGGAUUAUACAGAUAUUAUCAUUAUUAUUAUAUUAUAUAUUCUAGAUCCCUUCCUUUCAGAAAAUCUUGUGAACUUUACUCGUAUCUAGUUUCUUGUUCAUUUUCUUGAGCUUAAAGUGGCAGUGUCUGCUUAUUUACAGAUUAUUUUUGAGAAACAGUUUAAAACCCUAGCCUUAUGAAAGAAUAUAAAAACUAAUGGUGAACAACUUAAAAAAAAAAGGGUUCCUUUUGUCAUCUUGCUGUUAUUAGGAUGGACUGUAGUCCAGUCAUUUAGAGUGUUGGAACUUUGAUGUCAUAUUCGCUUGACCAUGAGAUUCUGGAUGAUGAAAUGCAAUGACAAAAUCUAACAAUUAAAGGGAAUAGAAUUUGACUCAAUAAAAUCUAAAAAAAGGGGACCAAUAGAAUUUCUAUUGAUGCAGUCUGUAGCUCAAAAUAUUUGCCAAGGAAUAAAUACAGUAAAACCUCGUCUAAAAACCACAUUACAUAUAAAACUGUUAGAUAAAAAGAUGUGUAAGAUGUCCUCUCACAGGAUUGUGUGCUGUAUUGUAUAAUGUGUAGUGCUAGCUAGUAUCUGUAUUAUGUAUUGUAUAAUGUGUAGUGCUAGCUAGUAUCUGUAUUGUAUAAUGUGUAGUGCUAGCUAGUAUUUAUAUUAUGUAUUGUAUAAUGAAUUGUAUAUCAAGUCAUUCCAAUAUUAUUAUAAUCACCUGUUGUGACCUUCA